GAGCAUGUAGCAUUUAUUCCACACGCGGCAUAAGGAAAACCAGUCUCAGUAUUGUAAUUUGUAUUCGGCGCCAUGAUUAUUUCUUAACCUAUAAAUUAUAUAACGUUAUCAGUAAAUAUGAAAUUUUUUUCGGUGUUUUAGAGUUAUCUUACAAUUUCUUAAGUAACAGUCGAAAUGAUAAAUCGUCCACAUUAACCGGUGAAGGUAUUUUUACUAAAUAUUAUGUGGGCUACACAAUCUUCAGCGUCAUCAAACAACAAACUAGAAAUCCCUAUCAAUCAUAAAAGUGUGGUAGCACCACCAUGGAAAGAGGCAACAAGCUUGAUCAUGGUAAAGAAGGCUUCCCUUCAGCAAGUGGUGGGUGAUGAGCUAAGUUCCUUUAUGAGGGCAAUGAGAUCACCAAGUAAGCAAAAAGAUGGUUAUGAUUAUCGUAUGUUGAUGGUCAAACGAAGCAGCUUAAGCUCUUUCAUGAGUAAUGCAUUUGUAUUUCCAGGUGGAUUGGUGGAAGAGGCAGAUUUUUCUUCUGCCUGGUGGACAUUGUUUGCAAAUUUUGGUGUAAGUAAAGACUCGUUGCUUCAGGAGAUUUGUGGGAUUAAAGGCCCUCGUCCUCCAAUGAUACAAAAACCGUUAAUGCUGUCUGGCUUGUCAGUUCCACCAAAACAGUGCCUUCCAACAGACUUGGCAUAUCGUAUAGCUGCAAUAAGAGAAACGUUUGAAGAAACCGGGGUUUUAAUAGCAAGACAUGAUGUUGAAAACAAAGAAACUGCAGCUUCGUUGUUUAAAAGUGAUGAUAUUGACUUAGCUGAGUGGAGAGCUAAGUUACAGAAAAGUCCUCAUAGUUUUCUUGAGCUUUGUUGGGAGUUAAAAGUAUGCCCAGAUGUGUGGUCAUUGUUUGAAUGGUCCAACUGGUUGACCCCAACUUCUGUUGGUCACAAACGCUACGAUACCAUGUUUUAUAUUUGUUGUAUAAACACACACCCAGACGUUAUACUGGAUGACAAUGAGGUUAUAACACUGAAGUGGUGCAGCCCUAUGGAGAUGCUUAAGGAGUUUUACUCCAACUCUCUUUUCCUGGCUCCACCGCAGGUGUAUGAGCUGUCGAGGCUCCUUGGUCUAGACAGUUACAAAUCUCUGAGGAACUUUAUUGUUGAAAGAAGAGAAAUGGGUGUCGAACAAUGGUUACCUGUGAUCUGUACUGCUCUAGAUGGAGCAGUGUCUGUAUUGCCAGGUGAUGACCUUUACCCAAAAGAACCAGAUUAUGUUGGCCAAAGCCCCGGACCAGAUCUUCCACACACUUUGGACCAGCUGAAAACCCAGGUAGAAAAGUUACAUAGAAUGGAAAUAAGAGGCCCAAUCAGUACGGUAGUCUGUAAUAUUCCAUCAUCUUGUGGUCACCUGACUCCACUAACCUACUCGAGCAUCAAGACAAAUGUGCACUCGUCCUUAUAAAAUAUUUCCAGCUUGUGAUGUAAUACAUUUUACACUUGCUUGCAUGAAAACAAUUUUUACUGUCCACAUAAAAAAGAAUAUAUCUAUGUGAGCACACCACACUAUAAAGCAGUUUUUAAAUACUGUGUAGAGAUUAAUGUUCAACCCGUUGCAAACUUUCUCCUGCAACGUGUAUCUUUCCUAUAGAUUUACUUCAAAUUAUUAGAAUAUAACCACAAAUUAGGUUUACUAGUAUAUUUAACGUUUACUACCCUUCUAAUAAAUAUAUGAACUCUUUUUCCUUAGCUUUACACACAUAUAACCGAAGAUUGUGAUCUGGAUUAUUUGUAUGAAAACAAAGAACCAAUAAUAUUUUACAUGAAUUUAUCAGUUUUAUGUUUAAUUAGCCAUGAUUCAAAUGUUAAUUUUACUACUGUAUGGUUUGAGGACUUUGUUGAAUUGUCACCGACUAGGAUGUUUUGAAUUUGUGGUAAUUUACUGUACCACCGUCUUGAGUAACAAAACUUUGUUUUUAAGGAAUAGAGAAUAAAAAUAUCCCAAAUUACUAAGACAAAAAAAAAACCCAGUGAACACAUUUACAUUGUUUUUAUGUACAUUUGUUUUGUUUUUUUAUACAAUAUACGUUUAUGAUAUACAAGUGAAUAUGUUGUGACAAUAUGAACAUUUUUAGUAUUUGUUGUUUCAUUAUAUACUAAACAUUUAUGUAAUUUUUCAAUGAAUAAACUGUUGUUAUAAAGAGAAAUUGUAUCAUUAAUAUGCUAAUUUUAUAAUCAAUUUCAAACUGAAUUUCCAAAUAUAGCAAGCAAUGAAAACAAUUAAGUUUUUAGUUAUUAAAAGAGAUUAGGCUAAAGUA